AUGGGCCUAGUCAAAAGCUCCUGGAGUUCCAUUGAAGUUGUAGAGCCUAGAGUGGAUUGGAGAGCAAGAGCUUCUACCAAUGGUGUGAGAGNAUUAGGUAAUGAAUAUGAGCUUUUAAAAAAGAAAUACAUAGAUGAGUCCUCUGAACGAAAGCGGCUUUACAAUGAAGUGAUUGAGCUGAAAGGCAAUAUUAGGGUCUUCUGCAGAUGUAGACCUUUAAAUCAAGCUGAAAUUACUAAUGGGUCCAGUUCUGUUGUUGAAUUUGACUCUUCUCAAGAAAAUGAGCUACAAAUUGUUUCUUCUGAUUCUUCUAAAAAGCAAUUCAAGUUUGAUUUUGUGUUUAAGCCCGAGGACAAUCAAGAGGCUGUUUUUGCACAAACAAAACCUAUUGUGACUUCAGUACUGGAUGGCUAUAAUGUCUGCAUAUUUGCAUAUGGACAAACUGGAACUGGGAAGACAUUUACAAUGGAGGGUACACCUGAAAAUAGAGGAGUGAACUACAGGACUUUAGAGGAGUUGUUUCAUAUUUCCAAAGACAGAACUGGUGUCAUGAGAUAUGAGCUAUUUGUUAGCAUGUUGGAGGUUUACAAUGAGAAGAUAAGGGACCUUUUAGUUGAAAACUCUAACCAACCUUCUAAGAAGUUGGAGAUAAAGCAUGCAGCAGAAGGAAUCCAAGAAGUGCCAGGACUCAUUGAAGCUCGAGUCUACACUACAGAGGAAGUGUGGGAGCUCCUCAAGUCUGGAGCCAAAGCCAGAUCUGUAGGAUCCACUAACGCUAACGAGCUCAGUAGCCGAUCUCACUGCUUGUUGCGAGUGACUGUGAAGGGGGAGAAUCUAAUAAAUGGACAUAAGACUAAGAGUCACCUCUGGCUGGUAGACUUGGCUGGUAGUGAGCGUGUGGGGAAGAUUGAAGUUGAAGGUGAGAGAUUGAAGGAAUCUCAAUUUAUAAACAAAUCUCUCUCAGCACUUGGUGAUGUUAUAUCUGCCCUGGCAUCAAAAUCAGGCCACGUUCCAUACAGGAAUUCAAAGCUUACUCAUAUGCUACAGAGCUCCCUAGGAGGUGAUUGCAAAACUCUGAUGUUUGUCCAGAUCAGCCCAAAUUCUGGAGACCUCGGGGAGACCCUUUGUUCUCUGAACUUUGCCAGCCGAGUUCGGGGAAUUGAAAGUGGUCCUGCUCGCAAGCAGGCUGAUGUGUCGGAACUCUUCAAGUACAAGCAAAUGGCAGAAAAGUUGAAGCAGGAUGAGAAGGAAACAAAGAGGUUACAGGAUAAUUUGCAGUCUUUGCAAUUAAGGCUCGCUGCCAGAGAACAUAUCUGCAGAAGUCUUCAAGAAAAGGUCCGGGACCUUGAGAAUCAAUUAGAAAAUGAAAGGAAAACCAGAAUAAAGCAAGAAACCAGAGCUUUUGCGGCUGCAUCUACUCAGUCUUCAGGACUGUCAACUAUAAAAGAAGCUGCAGGGAAGACAAUGACAGAGAGAAAGCCUCCUUUGGGUCCUUCAAAAUUGAGGAUGCCACUACGAAGAAUCACCAAUUUCAUGCCCCCGCCAUCUCCUGUCCCACCUCGGAAAACCACCACCAUUAGACACAGAAUGGCAACUUCAGUAGAUAAAGAAAACAAUAACAGCACCACCAUUAGAAACAGAAUGGCAACUUCAGUUGAUAAAGAAAACAUUCACAGCAACAGAAUGCCAGCAACAAACAUCAAAAGCCUUCUGAAACCAAGACGUAUUUCCAUCGCUGUCAGACCUCCUCCUUCUGCAACAUCAACAACAACACAAGUUAUUCAGCCCAAAAGAAGAGUAUCCAUCGCAACCCUCCGGCCAGAGCCAAGUUCAUACAUGACAACACCACUCCGCCCCUCUGUCUCUCGCUUUCAAAAUGGAAGCACAAUGGGCGGCAGGCAGUCACUCGUGAGGGACCCUCGAAAGGCGAGGUACUCGAAGCUGUUCUCGCCAUUACCAGAAUACCGGACAACAUCAGAGAUUACCACACCAACUGCCAUGAGGAGCAGCAGCAAGUUCAUGGGGAGUCCUCCUACACAGGUCGCCGGUUCAUGGAGGCCAAAGCAUCCAACAGUUGUAGCACUGCAAAGGAAAUCGCUGGUUUGGAGUCCUUUAAAGCUGAGAGGCAUGAAAAAUAGCAGGAGGUCAUUAUUGCCUUCUUCACAUCCCACAACUGAGAUGCUGCAAUGAACAAGGAAAACAUGCCAUGUUUUCACCUUCUUUGUAUUGUCAAUACCCUCCCCUCCUCUAUUAACGGGAUAAAAAAAAAAAAAAAAAAAAUUCCCCUCAUUCUUCCUGUUCUGUGUUUGAAUGAAGUUCAUCUCCAUUUCUUUUGCAUUUUCUCUCUCUGUAUUCAACUGUCUCUUG